CACACACUUGCACACACAGAUACACAGAUUUGCGCAGGACUGCCAUACACACAACACUCUUCCUGGGAUAUGAACCCUCUCGUCCUCACCUGUCUCCUGUGCUUCGUAGUCUCCGGUGCUCUAGGUGCCCAGGGAUCUGAGGCAACAUUCUCCAUUGAACUAGCCAGAGUGACCGGGGGUCCGGCCUCUGGGGAGGGCCUCCAGAUUUCGCAGGGCGACGAUGACGAGCUGGAAUUAGACGAGGAAGUUUCAGGAGGAGACAGCGAAAAUGUCAGCCUUUCUGAAUUACACCCCAGUAAAGAUGAGAAGAAAAGGAAAGGCAAAGGCAAGAAGAAGAAUAGGCACAAGAGCAAAAGCACUACUCCUCUCAACCCCGAGCACGCGUUUCUCACCGGAUACACGUCGACUCUCAGCACCACAGAGGAUCCCUGCAACUCCACCCACCUGGGCUACUGCAUUCAUGGGAACUGCAAGUACAUAGAGGGCCUGCAGGAGCCCGUGUGUAUAUGUUUGAAGGGUUACGACGGAGAGCGCUGUGGGAUCCAAUCUCUGGAAACAAUUAAAAACCAGUCCGAUCAGAUCAACAAUACGGAGUUGGUGCAGACGGUCUUAGUGAUCAUCGCUGUGGUCCUGUCGGUCAUCAGCUGCACCGCCAUCCUGCUCAUGACCUGUGCUCAUUACAGGUCACAUAAAAACUUCCUGGCAUCCUACCUGGGAACUGGGACAGAGCAGGAGAAGCUACAGAAACCCAUCGGGGACGUUGUGGUGUGAGGGCGUCAAGUUACCAUGAGCCAGCUGCUCAAAGAUGAAGUGGACCAGUAGGACUCUGAGGCCCUGAGAAAGCAGUAGAGUGAAUAGAUGCUGUGUAAAAAACACCGUCCAGAUUUUGUUAGAAUGUAAUUUAUUUAGUGUGAUUAUUUAUUGCUAACGACUGUAUGAGUAUGUUUGUUUGUUGGACUAUUGCUAUGAUGUCUAUUAUGUGCGGCUCGGUUUUAUUUAUUGCACUGCUGUUGUUAUAGGUCAGAGAAACGCUCUUCAUCUCACUCUGGAAAAGGGAUGG